AUGAACAGGCCUGGCCUGGUAGUGUGUCCUGAAAGCCACGCGGCGCGAGUGUUGACCGACCUCACGCGGCGCCGCGCUGAGAUCAGACACAUACAGCUGCGACACCAGAACAAGGUGAUCGAGUGCCUAGCACCGCUGUCCGAAUUGCUGGGCUACUCGACGACACUCCGGUCUCUGAGCUCGGGACUGGCAUCCUUCUCCAUGGAGUUCCACUCCAACCGCCAGAUGGCACCGCACGAUGAGGAGAAGGCCAUCAGGAACGUCACCGGCUUCUGAUGUCACAGUGACGCGGCAAGAAGUUUUGUUGUUUUGGACUUUAAUGCAAGACGGUAAAGUUCAUAAUGGAUAGGCAAUACGGCAAGAACGGAAGGAUAGUUUAGUGGCGAAAGUAAAUAGUGGCUAGGGAUAAAGCCUGAGGGAGAUCGAAUAAAUAGUAGAAAGAGUCAGGUGCGUUUUUAAAAAUGACCUCAUUUACGGAGCAUAUAGAUAUUUUUAUUAGAGAUGAAACGGAUAUCCGGUAACUAUCCGGUAGGCCGGAUAUCCGGCCUAAAUUUACUAUCCGGCCGGAUACCGGAUAGUAAGUAGAGAUGAAACGGAUAGUUGUUUGGCCGGAUACCGGAUACCGGAUAUCCGGCCAGCUACUAGUAAGUCACUAUCCGGCCGGAUACCGGAUAUUAAAAAACUACGACAAUUUCCUAUUAAUAAAAUGAAUGACAUUAAUCUUUGAAGUAAAAUCAAUAAAAUAUCAAUAAAAUGGCUUACAAUAAUGACGGCUUUUAUUUAAAGUCCAAAAAGUUACAAAAAAGCCACAUUAAGGCCUUUCAAAACUAAUUUUUUUUCGAGGCUAUUCACUCUAAUCACAGCUCUAAUGACGAAUACGUAAAUACCUGUUAAUGUCGAAAUGUUUCCCAAUAAAAUGGGCGAUUUUUUUUCACUGAUGGUCUGAUGACAUGAUGCAACUAAUUAAAUUUUCACCAUUCAAUUACACACUCACGAUUGCAACCGAAAUUGAAUUGAUCUGCCCCCUAGACAAGUGGCAAAAUCUGUAAUUCUAUUCGAACGGAUUCGAUUUUCGAAAAGUUUGACUAGUCUAGAGACCCACUGAUCGCGUUCGGCGUUCGAAGCACCUGUGCGGCGCUAUAAAUACUCGUCACGACAUGCAACGAGACAAUGGGCCAACUAUCCGGCCGCCGGAUAUCCGGCUGUCCGGCCUAACAGUUGGCCGGAUAUCCGGUAUCCGGCCAAACAACUAUCCGUUUCAUCUCUAAUUUUUAUUAAAUCAUUGUAAACGUGAAUUUUUAAACGUUUGCACCCCACGUGUAUCAAUAAUAUUGGGACGUUACACUUGAAAUCACGUCCAAAUUCACUAUUUAGUGUUGUAAAUAGCUUUAUCCAUAACAUGAUGUGGCUAGUGCAUACGAUAAUAUGCUGUGAUUUAAUUUUAUUUUGUUAUCUUAGUUAUAAACGGCUGUUAUCAUAUUACGAAUAAACUAUAACGUCUACUUUGCAUUAUUUUAUAAAUAAUACAAGUUAAUAAUCAAAUCACUGUAUAAACCUUUAUUUAACAUGAUAAUGUUCAGACAAAAAUUUAAAUAAACGAAAAUACAUACACAUUCA